UGGUGGAGGGUUCGGAAGUCGCCACAACUGAAAUGGCGGAGGAUCAGCAGCAACUCGUUCUCUCCGAGUCCCAUGACUUGAAUGCUAUCAUCGUUGAGAUCCUCUCCAGGCUGCCCGCUAAAUCUUUAGUCCGAUUCCGGUGUGUUUCCAAGGCCUGGCGGGACUUGAUCUCGGAAUCUUAUUUCAUCAAAAAUCACCUCACCCACAUCGACACCAAAAACACCCUCAACUUGAAGCUCCUUCUCUCAACCAGUCCUCCCCAAGCCAUAGACUACGCAGAAAUAUCCGAUAUCGCUAGUUCCAAUGAGGAAGAUAAUGACCCAGUUGCAAGCAGAGAGGUUGACUAUCCGGUAGAUAUCAGGCGUUUCUGUUUGAAAGUUUUUGUUGGUUCCUGCAAUGGCCUCGUAUGUUUGUUAUUGGAUGUCAAUGUUGUGUUGUGGAACCCUUGCACUAGAGUGAUCCAGUCAUUACCAAGUCCUACUCGUUUCAAUAGGGGUUGUGUGUUUUAUGGGUUCGGUUAUGAUUCCGCCACCGAUGAUUGCAAGAUAGUAGUGGGAAGUUAUAGGCCUCUUGCUGGAAGUGGUCACGGCUACCACUUGCAGCUCGGGGAAGGUUUUGAGGAAACCAUGAUUGAGGUCUUUGCACUGAAAACUGGUUCUUGGAGGACCCUUGAGAGACUUGAUUUUGUUAUGUUGUUUGGCCAGGGCUGCGUUGUAAAUGGAGCUCUGCAUUGGUCAAAGCAUCAGCCGUCGGAACAUGGCUUAAUUGUUUCGAAAAUAAUGUGUUUUGAUUUAGCGGAGGAGAAAUUUCGGGAGUUUGCAGUCCCCUGUCCUCCGAAUUAUGUAGGGAGCAAUUAUUUCUCUGUGGGAAUUGGAGCUAUUAGGAACUGUCUGACUGCGUACUUUGAACCGAGAGAUGGGUUCGAUUAUAGAAUGUGGGUGAUGAAGGAGUAUGGGGUCAAGGAAUCUUGGGCUGAAAUCAUAAGAAUUCGUUUUGAGGUUUUGCCUCAAGAUUACGAGAUAUGCUUGCAGCCUUUGUUCAUUUUUGAGAACGAUGAAGUUUUGAUGAAUAUCAAUGGGGACGUCUUGGCAUUGUAUAAUCAGAAGGAAAAGACAUUUAGGAAUGUCUUCAAGACUCAUGUGGAGAAUGGUUGGCGACAAACAACUACUUAUGUAGAAACUUUAGUUUCACCAUUGAUCGCCGGUGCCCCAAACUUGUCAAACCAACACUGCGAGUCUUUUGCUACAUUUGUUUGAUAUGAUUAUAUGAUCAAGUCACAUGCCACAUGUUGGUAGUUAUCCUGAAGACCUGCAGAAUUUCAGCUCAAGUGGCUUGGUUUAGAGCCAUUACUUCUGAUUUGAAAAGUGUGUUGUAGAUUGGUACUACUUGAUGCUAAAAUUUUCUGUUUUGUGACUUUGUCACUUUCUUAAGCUGGGAAUUCUUGGUGUCCUGCUCUUUUGUUAUUUUCAUGCUUUUAAGCAGAUUAGUAAUUCUAUUGGAAAGUUAAAUAUUCUAUCUUCUUACUA